CAGGUAGCCCGGAAGAUGGCGGCGGCGACGGCGUCCGCAGCGGCUGGUGGGGCUCUGUGACGGGAGCGCGGCUCCGUAACGGCACCGGGGCUGCGGGGUCCGAUGCCGCGCUCGGUCGCACCGCGCAGGCGGGGGGCGACGGUUGCCGUAGGAACUCGUCGGAGACACUGAGAACGUCGAGCCUCUUAUUCGGCGCCGAGCCGCGGGCCGGGAGCCGAGGGCAUGAGGCAACGAGGAGGGCUCGGCGACGGUGCCGGGUGGCGCGGCGGCGGCCCGCAGCCCCUCGGACCCCUGCGGCCGCUCGUCCUCGUUCUCCUGCUGUCGCUUGUCCUGCGGAGCUGCGGGGCGGCUCCGCUUCCGCGAGCAGGUGCAGGAGAAGGAGCUACAGAUGCUGUUUUCUCACCUUUUGUGAUUCUGUCUGUAUGUACUCUAAUAGUACUGGUAAUACUGCUUGCAAACUGUGUCUCCUGCUGUAAAGACCCCGAGAUAGAUUUCAAGGAAUUUGAAGAUAACUUUGAUGAUGAAAUAGAUUUUACACCUCCAGCAGAAGAUACCCCAUCUGUUCAGUCCCCAGCAGAAGUGUUUACUCUUUCGGUUCCCAAUAUUGCUUUACCAACUCCUUCCCACUUUCCGUCCCGUGCAGAUGGAUCAAAGUCUCAAGUUGCACGUCAGAGUUUAAGCUACAUCCAGGAAAUUGGAAACGGCUGGUUUGGAAAGGUUCUGCUUGGAGAGAUCUACACAGGCACUAGUGUAGCAAGGGUAAUAGUGAAGGAGUUGAAGGCAAGUGCAGGUCCCAAGGAGCAGGAACAGUUUUUAAGAAAUGGAGAACCAUAUUACAUUCUUCAGCAUCCAAAUGUUCUCCAGUGUAUUGGGCAAUGCGUGGAAGUUAUUCCUUAUCUCCUAGUUUUUGAGUUCUGUGACUUGGGUGACCUAAAAACUUACAUCUGCAGUGAGCAAGAGCACAUUAAAGGAGAUUCACAAAUAAUGCUGCUACAGAGAAUGGCAUGUGAGAUUGCUGCUGGACUUGCUGUAAUGCAUAAACAUAACUUUGUGCAUAGUGACUUGGCCUUACGGAAUUGCUUUCUUACAUCAGAUUUAAAUGUCAAAGUAGGAGAUUAUGGUAUAGGCUUCAGUAGGUAUAAGGAAGAUUAUAUUGAGACAGAUGAGAAGAAACUUAUUCCUCUGCGAUGGACUGCACCUGAAUUAGUGACGAGUUUUCAAGAUAGGCUCUUAUCAGCAGAGCAAAACAAAUACAGUAACAUAUGGUCUCUGGGUGUCACGUUAUGGGAGCUGUUUGAGAAUGCUGCUCAGCCUUACUCAGACUUCUCUGACAGGGAAGUCCUCACCCAUGUUAUAAAGGAGAGACAGGUUAAACUCUUCAAGCCUCGUCUGGAGCAGCCGUACUCUGAUAGAUGGUAUGAAGUUCUGCAGUUCUGUUGGCUACCUCCAGAAAAGAGACCAACAGCAGAAGAAGUGCAUAGACUUUUAACUUAUCUUCGCAUGCAAAGCCAAAGGGACUCGGAGAUUGAUUUUGAACAGCAGUGGAAUGCUCUUAAACCAAACACUUCAAAUAGAGAAACAAAUAAUUCUGCAUUUCCCAUCUUGGAUCACUUCACAGGAGAUAGACUUGGCCAUGAGAUGGAGGAGGUUCUUACUGUAACUGAAACAAGCCAGGGCCUCAGCUUUGAAUAUAUCUGGGAGGCAGCGAAACAUGAUCAUUUUGAUGAAUGUGGCCAUGUGAAUCCUGAUGAAGCAAUGGCAUACAGAAGUAUUUUCUUUCCAGUGGAGGUUUUUGAGAGGUCACUUUCAGAGCAAGGGUUGGGAGCACAGGAUGAAUGUGGCCAAGAAGCAUCCCUUGCUGUCCCUGGGGUGUUACCUGUGUUUGAUGCACACAAGCUUUCUGUUGGAAAUGACUACUACAUCCAAUUAGAGGAAAAAGGAAGUGGCUACACCAUGAAUUUUGAUAACCAGUCAGUUGUACUAACUACAGAAGUUGAUCAUCAAGAAGUUGUCCAAGACAAAAGUACUCAUUUCACGGUUCUCAGGGAUCUUGAUGUUGAGGAAUCUAACACUGAUGGGGACUUCUUUCACUACAAUACAGAUCGUAAAGAGGAAUUUUUACCUGUUACUAGUAGUCCAGAAAGUCCUUUCCAGAAUAUAUUUAAUGACAUUGACAGAUCAGAAGAACUGACAAACAGAAAAGUACUUGGGUUUGCUGAAACAAAUGAUAUUUCUAAAGACUUCAGACCAUCUAUUUUGAACUCAACAGAUGACAGGAAGGCAGGAGGCCUUUCUGAGAUGGAGCAUUCUAGUCUUGCUUUUGAAAAUGAAACUGUUUCCUUGUGUGAAAAUAUCUCUAACCAGUCUGAUUUGGUAACUUUAGAAGAGCUUUCUGAUAACUUCUUAUUUCUUCAAGAGAAAAACUUAUUAACAGGUUUAUUAUCUAACAAAACUAGCAGUGAUUUUGGGCAAAAACCAGAUGAUGUUCUAAAAGGUAUAUUAGAAACCUCAAAUAGAAACUCUGUAGAGCCUGAGCCUUUGCUGGCUGAAAAUGCACAGGUCUUUUCUUUAAUACAUGAAGGUGUUAAUACGGUGAAAGAUGAAAAUUUUAACCCAAUAACAAUAAAUAAAGAAUCAAACUUUGAGUCUCAGACUGCUGUAGAGAUGCAGGCAUCCUCUAGUCCAUCUGCAGCUCGUAAGUCAUGUGAGAAACCUGCAAACCUUCAUUAUUUGAAGGAUGAGGAAAAAAAGCUUUCAAACGUUGAAGUCGAUGAAGUCAUGUCCUGUAACACUGUUACUCUCUGUCAGGAGUUAUCCAAUAAUGCCAAAAAUAAUAAAGUUGGAAACAAUGUGUGUUACAGUGUCAGUGUUGAAGCAGAUGAGUGCAGUGCACAACUAAAACAGGGAAUGCUUUUCAAAUCUGAUGAAGCAGCUUUUCAUAGCGAAAAAUGUAGUGAUCAGGAAGAUACAAAAAUAAACUGGCAAGGUAAGUCUCCUGUAUUAAAAAAAGAUGAAUGUUUGUUGGAGGAAAGGCAAGAAAUAUUGAAUCAUUCUGAUAAUGGUAAGGAUGUUCCAGAAGAGGUGACCUUAAUUUCUGUCGCUACUUCAGAUUGUACAAGUCAGGAUAGUUUUUUGGAAGACAGCCCAUCCCCUAUACAAACUGUAGAACAAACCUUAGAGACACCUGAUUCUUUGGAUUCUUUAGAUGUAAAUGAGGUUUUAGAAUCUCUACAGACUCAAAGUCCUCAGAAACUUUUGCCACCUGAUAAACCUGCUGACAGCGGCUAUGAAACAGAAAACCUAGAAUCUCCAGAAUGGACAUCUCAUGUCGCUGCUGAGGAUGCUCCUAGUGUAGAUACUGCUCUCUGUGUUGUUAGCGACAGCAAUGCAAGUACUUUACCUUCCAAUCCAGUCAUAAUUGUUUCAGAAGCAGCAGCUUGUUUAGAUGCAGCAAACAGCAAUUUUGAAAUAAACCCAAAGGUUUUUCUGAGUGGAAGUCAAAACUCUUAUAGAGACUCUGCCUAUUUCUCUGAUAAUGAUUCUGAGCCAGAUAAAAAAACAGAAGACACUGCUAAUCUGUCAAGAGAGGCUACCUGCGUUCCUUCAAACAGAGGAGAGAACAAUACUGAAGAGGAUUACAGCUUUGAGGAGAGGCAGCAAAAGUGUGGUGUAAGGAAUUACCAGGAUGCCAAUAAUCAAAAUGAAAAACUAGAACUAAACCACAACUUAGAGAUCCAAGAGGUGGACGUAAGGAUGCAGGGGUGUCCUGAUGAAUGGGAUGAGGCAACUCUGAAUUCCCUGGAAGUAUCAAUGGAAAGUAACCUAUCUGAGACUUCUCGUAAAACAGUCUCUUGUGUUGGCACUAAUACUUCAGAACUUCUCUCACACAGAGACUUAAAGUCUGUGCAUAAUAUACACGGUCCUUUAGAUGUGAGUAACAGUGAGAAGUCAUUCUAUCACAUCGAAGGACAAAAACUGAAGGAGCCAGAUAUUGAAGGUAAAUACCUUGGCAAACUUGAUGUUUCUGGGAUGCUUGAUUUAGAAGAUGGCGAUGAUGCGGAUGAGGAAGAUGAGAACAGUGAUUCUGAGGAUGACAUGAGGACUUUUCAUAUGCAUAGUCUGAGUUCUGACAGUGAAGAUGAAACUGUUCAUCAAGUACCUGAGAUACUUUGUGACAAGGACGAUGGAAAACAUCUGAGAAGCCUGUUGAAACUUCCAAAACCCCUUAUUGAACCACAACAGGAGGACUGGAAGAAUGAGAAGAAAGCUGUAACGUUUUUUGAUGAUGUGACAGUCUAUUUGUUUGAUCAGGAAACACCGACUAAGGAGCUGGGAAACCGUGCAGCAGACUUGAAUGGGGAAGGCUCUCACAGCACUCCAGUUCCAUCCUCGAGUCUUAGUUAUUUAAACAGAUUUGCAAAUUCAGAAAGCUCAACAGAUGAAGAAGGUGGGGGUUUUGAAUGGGAUGAUGACUUCUCUUCUCCAGAGCCAUCCUUUAUAUCAAAGGCAGCUAAUAGUCUUAUUGGUUCUAAACCAUCUCUUCAGUCAUCAAAGUACUUCUCUCCACCUCCACCUUCCCGGACUCUAGAUGAGAACUGGUCACAUUCAUCCCCUUAUUCCAGAUUCUCUAUCUCUCCUGCAAACAUGGCAAGCUUUUCUCUUACACAUCUUACAGAUUCAGAUAUAGAGCAAGGAGGAAGCAGUGAAGAUGGAGAAAAAGAUUAAAUGGAUUGAAACUUCCUUGGACUGCAUACAUAAAACACACAGCCUCUGUGUAUAAAACUUCUUUAUCUGGAUCCUUCUGGAGUAACACAGGUAAUCAAGAAGUACUACGAAACGAAACACUGAAAGCAAUGUUAAAUCAGGACAUGAGUUUGAAUGUGUAUUUAACUUUGUAAUGUAUUUUUAAAUCAGUGCAAUUUUGCUUUUCAUUGAAAGACGAUUCUGCCGCUGUUUUCAAGUACUUGAAGUAUUUUUCAGAUAACUUAAGAAACAAGUAAAGCAAUUACACUACAGUCUGGUUUAUGUAUGAGAUUGUAUAAUAUUCUUUUUAUAUUUUUCCAUGUAGUUCAUGAUCUCUUUGAACAUACACCUGUUGUAGAAUUGUGUAUAAUUGUCCCGUGCAACAGGUGGCUGUGUUGCUGAACUUGUAUGAAUGAUAGUUGAUCAGUAGUGAGCCAUAUUUAUUCAGAAAGAUAUCACUACAUAUUACUUUGCUUAUUACAAUUGCACUAUGGAUUAUUCUUCCUUUAUUUCCUGAUGAUGUACAGAAUCAAAAUCUUAAAUCUUUCGAGGAAAAUAAGACAAGUUGAAUUGGCCCAGUUAUCCAGUUUAAUUUGUCCUUUUUGUAGCCUUUGCUAUGCACGGUACUUGUAAAACGUACAUAACUUCUGAGUGUUACGUUAGACUUGCUGAAAUCUUACAUUCAGUACCAUUUCUAAAUGAUAACGAUUAUAGAUUGGUUGUUAGUGUUCAUGUUUUAUAGGAAACUGGAAAAGAAUAUGUGAUAUACUCUGGAAUUUGUAGAUGAAAGAGACAAUGUCUCUUAAUUCCUGAAUAUGAUCCUACUGACUGCUUAACCUGUAAUAGCAUCUGACUAUAUCAUAAUUAAGGGCCUUCCAGUUUUCACUACAAUUUCUGCCUUGGAGAGAGAAGAGGAAAGAUUGGCUGUACAAAAUAGUGGAAUUUAUGAAUCUUACAAAAAGAUUAGUUUCAAUAGACUGGAUUUGGGCAUGCUUGGCCCUUCAGUUGUACAUUCUGUGAAUUGUGAAGCUCACUCCUCUGCUGACUGCAGCUUGGGGCUGCCAUUCAGAGGCCUGCGGUAAAUCUACCUCUCAGUGAUGUUAUGACAAUUGAGAAUUAGAUUAAUGGUUAAUGCCAAAUUUUGCACCCUUUAUAAGGCCAGACCUAUUUUUAAACGUCUGCAAGGCUCCAUAAUACAUCUUGAAAUGCAUACUGACCAAAAGUUGCAGUAUAGUAAAGUUUUGCUCUGAAGCUCUCUGUAGGGAAGGGAACAUAAUGUGGGGGUUUUUUAACCUACAUACUCUGCCCUGCAUUUAGCUAGUUCACUGCUUUAAACUGAUUGAAAAACCCCAAACAACAAAGUCUUUAAUUAUUACUCCAAAGUGAUUUCAGUUGAGAAACAAAUCCUUGACUUCUUGGAAUGCCUUAUGCAGCUGCUGAUCUGUAGGAAACACUGAUAGGAACAGUUUAUCUGGCUUUGUAUUUUAGUAUCCUAAAAUACAACUGGACUGAAGCACUAAAUACUUUUGUGUAUUAGUGGAUAUUUUGGUAUGGCUUCAGCUUAAUGGGUGGUCCAAGUGCUCUGUGUUCAGAUCCAGUCACCAGAGAAUUUUCAUCAUGUGAAGUAUGGGAGGACUAGAUAUUUUCAGAUGUGUAAAGUGUGGGUUUGUAUACCUCCACAUGCAUUUUGGGUUUUUAAGUAUGACAGAAACAUGUUAAUUGCUUUUUUUCCCAGCAUUAUUUAGCCCUUAACCAGAACGGUUUCUGUACUGAUCAAAAGGGAAUGAUGUAGUUCUGUUAUUUAAUAUUGCCAUUGUAUUGUUGAGAGAACUUUUUCUGAUGAGGCACUCAGGUUCAGAGUUGGUCACAACUGUUCUUCAGUAUCAAGUGAGGACCUGAUUUUUUUUUUUCCAAAAGAUGAUUUAAGAGGCAAAGCCAAGUAGUUCUUAAUACAGGCUUACAGUAGAUACUGUAGAGGGUCUAAGGAAGCUGUGUGCUACUCUCACUAUUUUAAACUAUAGGUAAUAGACUUUGUGCACAAAUUAUUGCUUAGAAAUUCCAUAAUUUCAACAUAAAACUCCUUGACACAGCUAUAUUUAAGGUAUCUCAUCUGUCUUCUAUAAUUUUCACCACGGUAAGAAUGAAACUCAGUUAUGAUCUGCAAAGAAUGCCUGGGCUUAUCUGCCUUGUGUGGUGAAAAAACUGUCAGACCUGGAGUUCAGCCUUAAUUUUCAAUUAUUUGACUUAAAAUAUAGUCCACAGUUAAAUAAAAGCUGAUAUUCCAGAAUGUUACAAUUUGUGCAUUUUGUUUCUUAUAAUUCUGGAAGAUUGGAUAUUUAUCUUGCACAUCAGGAAUUUCCUUUGCUUGAUGGAAACCUAAGAUUUUUAUUCUUUGCCUGGGUUUAAAGAAAGUCUUGCAGAAGAAGUGGAAGUUUGCUUCUUUGUCCAGACUCCUUGCUAAUGAACUGCCAAAGGAGCAGUUUUUGCAGAACAAGCUGGGUUGUCAGUGAUAUUAAGCAAGGUAAUGCCCGUUUUAGCUGUACAACGAGGAGAAAGAAAUAUUAACGAUUGACUCACCUGACUUACCAUGAAUUUUAAUUUCAGUAAUCCAAUGGGGUGGAUUGCAAUAAUAUAAAAGGUCUUUUUCCUUGAAAAAAUCUGUAGUUAGAAAUGUCAUCAGCUAUUAGCAAUAUUAACAUACCUGCCUAGCAGUCUGUGGCACAAUUAAGACAAAUCAGUAACUCCAACGUGUUACAUGAUAAUAAGGGGAUUGAUUACAAAUCAUUCAUUAAACUCUAUGGAAUUUCUUGCACUAGCUACUUCAGCAUGGUUUCUGAUUUAGAAGUAAGUCUAGCUAUUUUCAAUGGUUUAUUAUGAGGACUGGUUACGUUUUAAUUCCUUCUCUAGUAGAACACCUUGAUCAACUGAAUAAUGAAGGCAUUGUCUCAAUUUGGCUACUAUUGUUAUUUAAAAGAUCUGAUUUUCCCACCUGAGGAAGUUUGUUUAAAAAGAAGGAUAUGUGUAGUGAGAAGCCAAGAAAGAGAAAAGAGUGUCUGGUUUUAAUGGGAACACCUGUACCCUCCCAAAUGCCCAAGCUGCAGAUAUGUUGUGUGUAUAACAGCGUUGAUGGAAACUGCCAUUUUCAUGGAAAUGAGCAGAUAUAACAUGUUUUCAUAUCCUCCUUGAUGCACUAAUGAAAGCCAUUUAAGCCUCAUUCUUUUUAUCAGUAUUUUUAUCAGAUUUUUAUGUAGUACUCAAUCUUUUUCAUGAGGAGGCUGGGUGGUAGGAAGACUCUUUUUUUUUUUAAUGAUUAAGCACUAAAUGCUAAAAUGUCAGAGUUGUCAGGUGUUAGUGACAUGGCUGUUUGUGUUGGAGCUGGUGAAAGGUGGAAUACUAGUCUAUAUUAGCCUUAUAAAAAAUAGCCUUAAAUAAGAACCGAGUGUACAAAAUUACUUCAGCUUUAAACCAUACAGAAAUAUCCUUGUAUGUUAACGGUUUUGGUACAAGACUGGAAAAAAUCUAGAGGAGAGUCAAAUAUCAUAUAAACUUAUUGAAAAUAAGUAUUUGUAAUACCAGCAGCCUGGGUUUUUUUUUUGUUUCAGAAACUUGAAUAUGACUUACAGUUAGUUUUGUUUAUGAAAUUGUUUGAACUUGCACAGAUGUAGGUGUAACUUAAAUGACAAAUGGUACUGAUGUGUGUGUAUAUAUAAUGUUUAAUUCUAUUUGUAAAUGAGAAACUAUGUAACAAAAUCAUAGGUAUGAGGUUUUCCUAUUGUAAUUUAAUACAGGUAUGAGGUUUAUGGCAAUAUAUCAUAGUUAAUGAAAUUUCAGGUCAAAAUGUCUUUAAA